AAGUAUUUCACUACACUGCUGGUCACCUAUCUCAAAGUGUGAUAAUCCAAAAUGGCGCGUGGUCGUGGUGGAAGAGGAGGCCGCCGACGAGAAGAUAGACAGAAAGCGAAGCAACGACAAAUAAACAGGGCUCUGAAGUUAUCAGAGAUUAACUCUAAAGCUAGAUAUCAACAGGAAGAGUAUCUACGCCGCAGACAGCAAGCAGAAAAAGAUGCACUGAAGAAAGCACAGGGAGAAUCAAGUCAACAGUCAAGACCAGAUAAGAAUGAUGAAGCAUCAUCAUCAUCAUCCAGUGAGAGUGAAGAUGAGAGGCAGACAGCGUAUGAUCUCCUAGUAACAUCACUCCAGUCAAACAGAGAUCAGAGCUCCUCUGAAGAGAUCUCAGAAUCUGAGGAGGAGGAGGAGGAGGAGAAGGAUAGUGUACAGGAGGAGGAGGAUGACAUUGAAAGUGAUGAAGACAUUGAAGAGGAAGAGGGUGAUGCUGAAGAUGUCAGUACUGACAAUGAGGAGGAGGAAGCUAUUCCUGAGGACCAAUCCACUGAAGAAGAAAAAACUCUAAAGGGAAAGAAGAGGAAAAAAGAAGAUGAUGGACAAGAUGGAAUCCUAGAGCAAAGGAAGAUAAAAAAGAAGCUUAAAGCGACAAAAGAACAAGAAGACAGGGAGGAGCAAGAGAAGGAAGGACAGUGGUCUUCAGAUGGAGAAAGUGAGGGAGAUGACCUCGAAGAAGAAAAGUCCACGACUGGAAAAGACCCGUUUUGGCAUCAUCUGACCACUGAACUGCAGGAAGACCAGGUAGACAAGCUGGGGAAGCAGAGCAACUGGACGAGGAAGGAGGCAAUGUGGAAAGGUCUCGGCAGACUUGUGCACACCUUCUGUACAGAGGUUCCCAAUAGCAGCAUCACUGUCAACAAGGACAGCAUCAACAAAAUGAAUGUUAAGGGACUUCUCUGUACUAACUGGAUUGAUGUGAAUGGAGCAGACAGUCAGAAAAAUGCAGAGGAAGUAAAAUCGUCAUCAGACGGUGAGUUCACAGCAAGGCAGAGGGAGCUGUUUUCACUGAUGCACGGAUACAAGGACCUGUACUACUCAGAGAGAACACACCGAAAUGGAGAGGAGUUGAGAAAGCUGUACUGCCUACAUGCCCUAAACCAUGUGCUGAAGACUCGAAGUGUGGUAACAAGACACAAUACCAAGCUGAAACUUGGGGCAGAAGUUGAUCCAGACUCAGAUGAGUACCAGGACCAGGGACUGACCAGGCCGAAGGUCCUGCUGGUGGUCCCCUUCAGAGAAGCAGCGCUCAGAACUGUACACAUCAUCACCCAGCUCAUGAGGAGACCAGACGGGAAGCCUGUAGAAGUGAUGAACAAGAAGAGAUUCCAGGAUGAAUAUUCCGAGAUAGAACAUGCUCCUCCAAAAGUCCCCCUUCCAGAGGAUUUUGAAGCCACUUUUGCUGGAAACAUUGACGACCACUUCAGGAUCGGCCUGGCCGUGUCCAGACGAAACAUCCGCCUGUAUUCCCCAUUCUACCUGUCAGACAUCAUCAUCGCCUCUCCUCUGGGACUCAGGACAGUCAUCGGUGCAGAAGGGGAAAAGGACAGAGACUAUGACUUCCUGUCAUCCAUUGAAGUCCUAAUCCUGGACCAGGCAGAUACCUACCUCAUGCAGAACUGGGAGCACAUACAGCACCUGAUGCAGCACAUGCACCUGCAGCCGAAGGAGACACAUGAGACAGACUUCUCCAGGGUCAGGAUAUGGUACCUGAAUGGAUGGGCCAAGUACUACAGACAGACCCUGAUCUUCAGCAGCAUCACCAGUCCAGAGAUCAAUGCCAUCUUCAACAAACAAUGUCACAAUUAUUCAGGUAAGGUGCAGGUGUCCAACCCCCCCACUAGGGGAACCAUAUGCCAGGUGGCCCUUCAGCUGCCGCAGGUGUUCCGACGGGUGGAGUGCUCUUCCUUCACACAAGCAGCGGAUGCAAGAUUCAACUUCUUCGUCUCCCAGAUCCUACCCCAGAUUAAAGAUGGAAACAUGCAGCGCACCCUGUUCUUUAUCCCCUCCUACUUUGACUUUGUGAGGAUCAGAAAUUUCUUCAGACAAGAGGAUAUCACCUUUGCACAGAUCUGCGAGUAUACGACCCAGGCCAACAUUUCCCGUGCUCGGCAGUACUUCCAACAGGGAGACAGACCAUUCCUGCUGUUUACUGAGAGAUUCCACUUUUUCAGAAGGUACAGGAUAAAAGGCAUCCGCAGCCUGGUGUUCUACGAGCUCCCGCUCUUCCCACACUUCUACAGCGAGCUGUGCAACAUGCUGGAGGCAGGCGGCGAGGAGGGGGUGUUGGACAGGACCUGUACGGUGCUGUACACCAAGUACGACGCACAGAGACUUGCCGCUGUGGUGGGCGCCAGCCGGUGUGGACACAUGAUCACCUCCGGAAAGAGUGUCCACAUGUUUGUGACAGGGGAGCAAGGGUAGAUGGUGUUACACAUUUGUAUGGUUUCCUGAUCAUCCAUUGAAGACUAACAUUAGUAACAAAUCAGUAAUUUUAUGGCGUUCAGUAAAACUUGCAUACCAAGUUGAAAUAGCUUUUAUUAUUAUUUUUACCAGCCACAGACAUAAUGCUAAUAUGAUUUAUUAUAUAUACAACCGCAGACAUAAUGCCAGGCACGGCUGCCAUGUCACUGCACUGCAGUGCAGGUAUUCAAAGUGAUCAGGACAGCAGGCAGGCAUGCAUCUAGAUGUACAUCAUUACAUGUAAUGAAAAACAAGUGCAUCAAUGUGCGUGGUGAACAAUUUCUAACUUUGAAUACUGUUGCAUUCCCUUUGGUUGGUAGAGUGCCAUGUGUAUAAUUAGGAAUGCAGCUGUCUGAUGAAUAUUUUAGUGUUGCUGUGUGACCCUGUAGUUUUGGAUAGAAUGUAACAUUAUUUUUUUCUACACCUUUACUUAGUUAUUUAACUGAGUGCAUUUAGCCCAUGUUGGGCAUGGAUAUGCAAUAAAGAUCAUUGUUGUUGUUA